AUGAGCGAAACGUGCAACGCUACAGGGCCGUACUUGCGCACCCCAAAACCAGGGACGGUAACUGGGUGGGCCGAAGCAUGGGAAAUGGAAAACCGCCGUCUCUGUACCCCGUUUGUUCAAUAAUUCAAAUUUUCCCAAACUAAUACUGCAAACGUACCGAAGGGGGCUCCUGUGACUCUUCGCUCUUUUUUAAUCUUUAUCCCAAGGAACCAUCAAUGGCCCCUGGUUUUGCUCCCUCUCUCUCUCUCUCUCUCUCUCUCUCUCCUUAUAUUCUCACAACCCCUUUGCGCCUUUCUCCAUUAUCUCACCUUCCGAGUUCAAAUUUCAUCCUCCAAGAAUCACCGAGUUUGGUCAUACGGAUCUGGAAUUGACCUCGCCCGUAUAAAUUAAUUUUAGAGAGAAAAGGAUUGCGAGAGAAGGAGGAGAAGGCGGAUCUGGCUUCAACGAUGACGGAGACGGGGUUGGUGGAGCACAGGAGGAAGGUGGUUCGACAUGUUAAGAAAGUGAUUGGAAAGAAAAGAUGCAGGAGGAACGCCAAGCGGGCGGAGCCCGCGGCAGUUCCGGCGGAGCUGCAGAAGCUGUUCGCGUCGUGCCGAGAUGUGUUCAAAGGCCCCGGAGCGGUUGCGCCGCCCGAUGUCGUGCAGGCUUUGUGCCGCAUUCUCGAUUGUAUGAAGCCGGAAGACGUUGGGCUAAGUAAGGAUCUUAUAUUCUUCAACCCGAGUGGUGCUGUCAAAGGGAAUCCCAGAGUCUCAUACACAACCAUAUACACGUGCCAGAAUUUUUCUCUGUGCCUAUUCUUUCUUCCAGCAAACGGAGUAAUUCCUCUCCAUAACCAUCCUGGAAUGACUGUAUUCAGUAAGCUUCUCCUAGGAAGCAUGCAUAUCAAAGCAUACGACUGGGUUGAUCCAGUUCUCAAUUCAAGUGACCCGUGCUCUCAUCGGAGAUUAGCGAGAUUGAAAGCAAACAGGGUGUUCACAGCCCCAUGUUGCACGACCGUAUUAUAUCCAUCCGCCGGGGGCAACAUCCAUGCCCUCACGGCCAUCACGCCUUGUGUAGUGCUUGACGUGCUUGGUCCUCCCUACUCCAAACAGGAAGAUCGGGAUUGCACCUACUACACGGAUAUUCCAUGCGCCAAGCUUUCAAACGGAGUGACCCUCAUUGAAAAAGAGGAGGGUGAAUGUUAUGGGUGGCUGGAAGAGACUGAGCUGCCAGAGGAAUCCCAGAUGAACAUAAUAGAGUAUUUGGGUCCCCAGAUUAUCGAAACUAUGAGUUAGCUAUCUAGUUAAUGCCUUCACAAAUGUAUUUCAAUUUUUUCAUCUUUUCCCAUUUUAAGUUAUCUUUAUAUUUGUACACUUUAUUUUUAUUUUUUUCAUUUUUUGCUGUAAAUUUGAAUCAUUAAAUCUUUCUUCUGUGGUACCUAUCAUGUUUACGUGAUCGUCAGAAGUAAAAUAAUUUCAUUAUGCAUUA